GGAGCCUGCAGUGGACAAGCCAUGAAGAACUUUUGAACGUUAUUUAUUUACACGCGCAUUAACUAGUUUCUCUUUUGAGUUCUUAUGUUAUGAAUAUGUUCGUGGUCAAUAAAUCCCUAAAUAAUGAAAGUCAUUUAAAGAUUUGUGCCUCGUGCUUGAAAAAAAAAACCCUGAAUGAAUCAAUAUUUCAUUUAUAGAAUGGAGAAUGACGCGCAGUCAGAGUCAGCAAGUGCUCCUAGCCGGAGCAGUGCUGAAGUUCAACAUAGGAACCUAAACAUGAAUCAGAUUGCACAAACUUUGGAGGCAAUGAGGCAAUAUUUCCAAGAGGAGGUGCCAAGAAAUCCCAAACCGCCAGCCUGGACGGUUGACAGUUUGAAGAAAAAUGGGGUAAAAGAAUUUUUAGGGGCAGAGUCCGAUGAAGGUGAAAAGGCAGAGUUUUGGUUUGAUCGGAUCAUGCGUGUACAUACCGACAUGCUGGUUCCAGAAGAGCAUCGAGUACGUUUGACCUUAGCCUUACUACAAGAUGAUGCAUACUACUGGUGGAGCAGUGUACGUGGCAAGCCGGAUCCUAUAACUUGGGAAUUCUUCGAGGAGGAAUUCAAAACAAAGUAUAUACCGCCGUGGUAUAUUGAAGCCCGACGACAAGAAUUCAUAGACCUGCGACAGGGUUCAAUGACCCUUGAUGCUUAUAACCAUAUGCACACUAAGCUGAAACGUUACGGGCCGGAAUUGGUGGCAACACCAAAACAAGAAUGCACUAAGUUCUUGUUAGGAAUGAACCCUAAGUUAAUGGGUUUGAUGGGAACUGCCAACACAGAUGAUUUCAAAGUCUUGUGGGCCAAGGCCCAAAAUGCUCAACUUUUGCUGAAUAGGAUCGAGAAGGUCAAUGAAAAGGAGACAUCGACAACUGUGCCAUCAGGAGGAGCGAGGUCGGCCCCAACAACAGUUUCACACCCUACAACAUUCCCCGCACCAUCUGGGUCCAAGAGGAAUUUCAGUGGUCCGAAUAGCUCUCACUUCCAAAAGAAGGCAAAAUCUACUCAGAGUGUAAACCGCUCCCAAGCAGCUAGCAGCGCACCAAGAUUUGAACCUGCCCCGACUUGUGCUACCUGUGGAAAGGCGCACCGAGGAGAGUGUUGGCUUGCUAAGGGUUUGUGCUUGGGUUGCGGAAAGGGAGGUCAUUUUAAAAAGGAUUGCCCUACAAACCCCGGUCGGGUACUCUUCUCAAAGGGAGGAGAAAAACAGCAGUCAGCUCCGAAUCGUCCAAAGCCCAAGACAAGCGGGUCUGUCAAUCAGAAAGGUGGACAAGCACCAGCUAGGACUUAUGCUAUGAUGGCACGUGAAGACCAAGAAGGUACCGAUGUAAUUACCAUUUUAAUUUCAUUAUGUGGGACUGAGGUCCGAGCAUUAAUUGAUCCUGGAUCUACACUCUCGUACCUUUGUGUCAAAAUACCUGAGAUACCUGAUCUUGCGAGGGAGAGGUUAGUUCACCCGGUGAUCGUGUCUAACCCACUCGGUCAUAGUAUGACACUGAGCUAUGUUUAUCGUCGUUGCCCUUUAUUCUCUAUGGGAAGACAAUUUGAUGCAGACCUUAUCGAGCUUCCUCAUAGGGAAUUCGACGUCAUAUUGGGGAUGGAUUGGCUAACUGCUCACAAAGCAAUCGUAGAUUGUGGGUCAAGGACUCUACAACUCAAAGCUGAAGAUGAAGAAAGAAUCCAGAUAACGGGUGACUUGCCACCAAGGGCACCGCAGUUCAUAUCGUUGAUGCAAGCAAAGAGACUGGUUCGAAGGAAAUCUAACGUGGUAGCUGAUGCCCUUAGUAGGAAAGGGACUCUGGCAGAACUUCAUGUCCGGCCAACCCUCGAAUCUGAGAUUAUUGAGGCUCAGAAACUUGAUGAGUUCUGUAAAGACAAAGUUAAAGGGGUGGAGCAAGGUACUAGCAAGGGGAACGACUGCUGAGGAGGAUAGCUUAGACGUGGAGGCCGUGCCAAAGGAGUUUUUAUUUNGCCUAGUCACGACUUAGUCUCUAAUCUGUGGUUAACCUAGUAAGUCAAGUAUUUUCUAAACGUCCCCAAGUAACUUUUCAAAGUGAGAUUACUUACUCAAUAAUUUUAAUUAUGUAAAAAGCUCGUAAAACAUAAAUAACUUAAAAUGCC